CCUGCACGAUUUAACCCGGGAGUGUCGCUCGUGUGAGGCGCAGGCGGCCACCGGCGUGCGUGUAGGCCCUUGCUCGCCCGGCAGCCUCCAACUGCCCAGUGGCCAUGAUAGUGUUUGUCAGGUUCAACUCCAGCCAUGGUUUCCCAGUGGAGGUCAAUUCUGACACCAGCAUCUUCCAGCUCAAGGAGGUGGUUGCUAAGCGACAGGGGGUUCCAGCUGACCAGUUGCGUGUGAUUUUCGCAGGGAAGGAGCUGAGGAAUGACUUGACAGUGCGGAGCUGUGACCUGGAUCAGCAGAGCAUCGUUCACAUUGUGCUGAGACCCCAGAGAAAAGUCCCAGAAAGGAACACAGCUCGAGGGGACAGCCCACAGAACACUGUGGGGGGCUCUGAGAGGGAGCCUGAGAGCCUAACUCGGGUGGACCUCAGCAGCUCCGUCCUCCCAGCCGACUCAGUGGGUCUGGCUAUUAUUCUGAAGGAUGACAACGAGAAUGGUGGCCCACCAGCUGGAAGGCCAGCAUGUAGACCAACCUACAACAGCUUUUUUGUGUACUGCAAAGGUCCCUGUCAAGGAGUGCAGCCAGGAAAGCUCAGGGUGCGGUGCAGCACCUGCCAACAAGCGACGCUCACCUUGGCCCAGGGUCCUUCUCGCUGGGAAGAUGUCUUAAUCCCAAACCAGAUGAGUGGUGAAUGCCAGUCUCCAAACUGCCCUGGGACUACAGCAGAAUUUUUCUUUAAAUGUGGAGCACACCCGACCUCUGACCAGGAAACGUCAGUAGCUUUGAACCUGAUCACAACAAAUAGUCGAGACAUCACCUGCAUAACAUGUAUGGACAUCAGAAGCCCGGUCCUGGUUUUCCAGUGCAACUACCGCCACGUGAUUUGCUUAGACUGUUUCCACCUGUACUGUGUGACGAGACUCAAUGAUCGGCAGUUUGUCCACGACCGUCAGCUUGGUUACUCUCUACCUUGUGUGGCUGGCUGCCCCAACUCCUUGAUCAAAGAGCUCCAUCACUUCAGGAUUCUUGGAGAAGAGCAGUACAACCGGUACCAGCAAUAUGGUGCCGAAGAGUGCGUGCUACAGAUGGGGGGCGUGCUGUGCCCCAGCCCGGGCUGCGGAGCAGGGCUGCUUCCUGAGCCCAGCCAGAGGAAGGUCACCUGCGAAGGGGGCAGCGGCAUGGGCUGCGGGUUCGUCUUUUGCCGGGAUUGUAAGGAACCGUACCAUGAAGGUGAAUGCAGUGCCCUGUUUGAAGCCUCAGGAACAGUUACUCAGGCCUACCGAGUUGAUGAGAAGACGGCAGAGCGGGCUCGGUGGGAGCACGCCUCCAAAGAAACGAUCAAGAAGACCUCUAAACCCUGUCCCCGUUGCCACGUGCCGGUGGAAAAACAUGGUGUAUCCCUGAGUCCCGGCCGUCCUGUCCUCUGGACGUGCUCUACGGUGGGCGUUUGUGGUUUGGCGGAGGAGCGCCCACCCAGCAUGGACCUCAUCGCGUUGCUGAAGUCUCAGUUCCUGUGCCAUCUCAUCUUCUGUUACGUGUUUAUCGCCUCGGGGCUCAUCAUCAACACCAUUCAGCUCUUCACUCUUCUCCUCUGGCCAAUUAACAAGCAGCUCUUCCGGAAGAUCAACUGCCGGCUGUCCUACUGCAUCUCCAGCCAGCUGGUGAUGCUGCUGGAAUGGUGGUCGGGCACGGAGUGCAUCAUCCACACGGACCCCCGGGCCUACCCCAAGUACGGGAAGGAAAACGCCAUCGUUGUUCUGAACCACAAGUUUGAGAUCGACUUUCUCUGCGGUUGGAGCCUGGCCGAGCGCUUCGGGGUCUUAGGGGGCUCCAAGGUCCUGGCCAAGAAGGAGCUGGCCUACGUCCCCAUAAUCGGCUGGAUGUGGUACUUCACGGAGAUGGUCUUCUGCACGCGCAAGUGGGAGCAGGACCGCAAGACCGUCUCUGAGAGCCUGCUGCACCUGCGGGACUACCCCGAGAAGUACUUUUUCCUGAUUCACUGCGAGGGCACGCGGUUCACGGAGAAGAAGCACCAGAUAAGCAUGCAGGUGGCCCAGGCCAAGGGGCUGCCCAGCCUCAAGCACCACCUGCUGCCUCGCACCAAGGGCUUCGCCAUCACCGUGAGGAGUUUGAGAAAUUUUCAGCUGUAUAUGACUGUACACUCAAUUUCAGAAAUAAUGAAAAUCCAACACUGCUGGGAGUCCUAAAUGGAAAGAAAUAUCACGCAGAUUUAUACGUUAGGCGGAUCCCUUUAGGAGAAGUCCCAGAAGAUGAGGACAGGUGCGCGGCCUGGCUGCACAAGCUCUACCAGGAGAAGGUCGGUGCUACGGGGUGGGCUCUGCACCAUCUAAGGGUCCUUUUCAAGCGGCAGCUGUGGUGCUUUGGGACCUCCGGGAGUUGAUGGUGGAGGGUGAGCCUCUCCCACCGGGCGAGACCUCACGCCCUGGAUGUUAAUGACCCCAGGGCCGACGCUCUACUUGGCGACAGGGAAAAAAAACGUCGCAAAAUGUUUUUAAAGGGGCCUUCACAGAAAGAAUGGAAGACUAUUUCAUGGGUGUAGUGGACAAAAGAGGGAGUUACGGCCCCAAGAGCCCUUUGUCCAUUUUCCCGCUGCUGGUCUGAAGGCAAAAUAUUCUUGGGGGGGUGUGGGUGCUCUCUUUGGCAGUGAUGGCUCUGGGUCCACAGUGUGAUUGCCUGUCUGGUCUCUAAAACAUCACCAGCGUGAGCAGGACGAAGGCCCACAAGGGUCCACCUGGGCCGCGUUUGACUCCUUCAGGAGUCGGAAUUAAGAGGUUUUCAAGCUGGCGGUGGGUUUUCCGCUUACACUGAGGGAAAAGUGUAACACUUACACGCCUUGGAAGAGUGGUGGGCUUGGCCCCAAGGCACGGUCCUCUUCAAACAACACACUCCCAGGCCUGAGCCCUGGCUGAUGCCUGGGAGGGCUGUUCCCAGAAAGCUCCCCCUGCCUGGAUUUGUUGACAUAAGGAGGAGCCAGCUCUUUCUCUCUGUCCGCCCCCCCCCCUUUCUUUUUCCUCUCCUUUUCUUCCCUUUCUACCCAGGGUCAUAAGAGAAAUUUUAUUUUGCUGAGCUGAACGCUGGGAAAGCCCAGUCGGUCCAGCUGUACGUGGGUCGCUCGGCCUCUGUGCCCUCCUGUCCAGUGCAUUUGGUGGCAGCCGCACACAGUGUGGACUCAGGGCACUUGUCCUCUGUCAACAGGUUCUCCUGCUCCUGUAGACUUUUGGGGUGCUGUUUCUUUCUAGGAAAUACAGUUCCCAGUUCCAAGGUAAAACAUGCCACAGGAUGAUAACAUGUGGAGACCAAAAAAUGGAGGCAUCAUUAACAAAGUCCCCCUCCCUGACAGGCGGACUUUAUUACAAAAGAAAUAACACAGCCCAGAGAGGCCGUAAACAUUCUGCUGCUGGAGCUGACGUCUGGCCCUGAGCCAGGCGUCUGUGUCCCACCCGGCAAAGUCACAAAGUCACAAAGUCACACGGACGGAGCCCGCGAGGCUGGCAGGAGUCGCAGUGGCCACCACGUCACUGGAGAGCAGUGGGGGUCUUGGGUGAGGUUUAGUUUUCUAAUGAAACCAGAGAAAAAGAAAACUCUGGAGUGAAUACAAAGUUCAGAAUCCUGCUGACUCCUAGAAAAGGGAGUACUUUUUCCUCCUGUUAGAGGUUACAGAUAAAAAAAUCUUGGCUUAGCAAAUGUCUCACUGGAAACGAGAUAGAAAAAGCAUCCUCAGUUCCCCAUUGUAACAUUACAAUAGAAAAGCACUAUCAAGGCUAUUAAGGAAAAGAAAGAAUUCAAGAAAACUUGCCCAUUUUUUAAAUGGGUGAAUUUUAUGGUAUGUAAAUGACACCCCAGUAAAGCUGGUGUUUUUUUUUUUAAGGCACAAAAGUAUCACCUCCUGUUUUAGUCCAAUCAGGCUUCUGUAACAAAGUGCCACCCACAGGCACGGUGGCUUAUAAACCACAGAAACUUACUGCUGACAUUUCUGGAGGUUGGAUAAUCAGGAGUCAGAGAUGAGGGUGCCAGCAUGGUCAGUCAGAUUCUGGUCCCAGCCUGCCAUGUUGCUGUGUCCUCAUGGUGGGAGGGCUGAGAGAGCUCUCUGAGGUCCCUUUUACAAAGGCACUAACCCCAUUCACGGGGGCUCCACCCUCAUGACCUAAUCACCCCCCAAAGGCACCUCCUCCUAAUACCACCAUCUUUGGGGGUUAAGAUUUCAGUGUGGGAAUUCAGGGAGGCAGGUGCAAAUAUCCAGUCCACCGCACCCCAGUUACCUAGUUAACAGGCUCCUGAUGGCCCUGCUGGGAUAAGAAAAGUCACCCAAGUUCUGGCCAGGAGGCGGAAUGGGAGGCCUUGGCAGGUUAGGUGCCAUCUCUCUGGGCAUCCACACGUCACUGUCACUUCCUGGGAAGUCCUCUGUUUGGCCGACUGGCUGUGUCUCCCUCACCUCUUGAGGCUGGGAGCCCCCCCGCACGUGAUACCUUGUCCAACAAUUGCUCGAUCGUGUGAUUUCCCUGAGACCCGCCAGGCUGGAGGGGCAGCCGGGAAGGGGCCGCAGGGCAGAGCCCCUGAAGUGCCCAGGAAGGGCCAGGGGCUCUCCUUCCAAAGCGGCCCUUUGAGGACUCAUUUUUAUCAUGACCUUGAGUGGUCAGAAAUUCGCAUCACUUAGUACAUCCUGAUUGGGAAAGAAGACAAGUAAGACAAGUACUUUAGACAUCUCUAUCUCAAGUUGUUAAAGGGAAAAUUAAGCGCUUAAGGUAUAAGGUUUGGGUAUAUGGACGCUUGUUUUCCAGAAAACUCAACUAACUCCCUGCACAACUGGGCCACGACGGGGUGAGCCAGCCAAGCAGGGCCGCAGAUGCUCUUUGUUCGGCGAGCGCGCUGUCGGCCCUGGGAGGAUGUUGGGGUAUUUGAGUCGAGCUGGAAGACCCCCCACCCCCACCCCUUGGCCGUUUACCGGGUUCAGGAGGUUCUGGCCCAGCGGGCCGCCCGGCCUCAUCGCGGGGAAGGGGUGGGGGGCCUGGGGGCGGGCAGGCGGCGGGAGGUCAGGC